AAUGGAUAACUUGACUUCCGGUGAAAUUGAAUAUGUGUCCGUGUCGGCUGUUAGAAAUCUGGUUGAAAAUGGUGUCGGAUUAACAAAGAACGUAAUGAACUUGAUAGACGAGAGAGCAAAAAUUGAAUUGGAAUACUCAAGAAAGUUAUAUAAAUGGCUAAAAUUGGCAAGAUCGACGGUUUUAGAUAGACCGCAUCAAUUUAUGAUGCAUUAUUGGUUAAAUUUAAUAACAUCGAUUUGCAAAGAAGCUGACACUUUGGCAAAUGAACAUUACGGCGUGUAUGAAGGUCUUUACGACAGAGUUGGACCAAUAAGUACACUAUAUAAUUGGCUUUCGAAUUCUUCGUCCACUACAUCAAAUACAAAACAAUUUAAAAAUCUCGUUUUAACCGAAUACGAUAGGGAAAAAAAAGUCAAGCUUUUAUUGGGUCACUACAAUACUUGUGUUAAGAACUUUAGACAAAAACUGAAUACUCAUGGGGCAGAAUUGUCGACAUUUUCACCAAAGAAACUGUUACUCCUCCUUAAAAAGAAUUCAGAUUCUAACCGAUCAUUUACCGAUUUGGAGAAAGCUGCAAGCAAUGCUAAAGAAUCUAUAGGAUUCUACUUACCAAAUAUAAUUAGUAACGAGGCCGAAAGGGCUGAAACCUUAUCUAUUACCAUUGAAAAAUACUUGUCAGUAAUAUCAACUCUAGGAACAACUGAAUACAAAUUAGACAACUAUCCAAAGGACAUCUCCGAUAACAUUAACAGUUGGAAAGAAAGAAAUUUGGUGGUAGUUUUCGUUCCGUCCUCAAUUAAUUUCCGAAAAAUUGAUAAAACUGCCACAAAAGUUUCAUCUAUACGCGAAACUCUUUCAAGUUCUGAUUAUAGUCAAAAUACUGUUUCUAGUUUUCCUAAAGAUUGUACAUAUAAUACGAAUGAACAUCUGUCAGAUCCAAUAAACUAUGAUUUCACGGUAAAAGUAAAUAAAGCAAAUUCCGCUCAGCAUUGUGAAAAGACAAAAUAUUAUAAAAGUGCCAAUCGUUCCAGAAACACUCGAAAUAGAUCAAUGAUUAAUUCGCAAGCAAAUUUCGAUAAUAACAGACUAUUCUGGAAUCUUAAUGAAGAUGAGAAUCAAAAGGUGACUGAAAACAACCUAGUCUUUUCUAACAAUCAAGAUGAUAGGAUUGAAUCAUCAGCAACGAAUGUAUUAAAAAGGACGUCUCACAUCAGAAAAACUAAAGAUAGAAAAUCCAAUAAAAAAAAAAUCUUAGAUUAA